ACAAAAGGCGAAAAAGAAGCACAAUUUUUUAGAGAGAGGAGUAUAAACCCUAUCGCUCAACCAACCGAUCGACCGCCGUCUUCAUCUUUCUUCGUCUUUCCACUCUGCGCAACAGCCUUCAUCGUCUUCGCCAACAACUUCACCCUCCUCCUCAUAGACGUCGGAUUUGCUGCUUUUGCAACCACCACAGUGGCCGCCGACGGCCUUUUGCACGAGUGGCAGCAACGCGGAUCGGCUCUCGGACUGUAAGUGCUGUUCGUCUCUGAUCUAUCACAGUAUCGUCAAACUCGUGGCCUAGGUGAUAAUGGUGAGGCAGGAAUUUUGGUAGAAGUAGCCUGCAAUUUUAUCGGCGUAGGAUCGGGCUCGUGUGCAAAUCCGACCGCACUCAGAAUUACUCCAAAACAGAGUCUCGAUAAUGGCGGCUUCAGUUUCCUUCACCAGCGUUAAACCCUCCGCCGCCGUCUCAGGUCUCCGCCGCCGUCCCCUUUCCGCCGCUUUCGGCGUCACCACCAUCUCUGUUCGCCACAACCCCGACCAAAACCGCCGUUUCGUUGUCUAUUCAUUAGACGCGAAGCCUACCAUUUUGGUAGCCGAAAAGCUGGGCGAUGCAGGGGUGAAUCUCUUGAAGGAAUUCGCGAAUGUGGACUGCUCGUAUAACCUCAGUCCGGAGGAGCUCUGCACCAAAAUCUCGCUGUGCGACGCGCUGAUUGUGAGAAGCGGGACUAAAGUCGGCCGCGAGGUGUUCGAAUCAUCAGGUGGACGGCUUAAAGUGGUUGGAAGAGCUGGAGUAGGAAUCGAUAAUGUAGAUCUGGCAGCAGCCACGGAGCACGGGUGUUUGGUGGUGAACGCCCCCACUGCGAAUACUGUUGCUGCUGCUGAGCACGGAAUCGCACUGUUAACCGCCAUGGCUAGAAAUGUUGCUCAAGCCGAUGCAUCGGUUAAAGCUGGUAAAUGGGAGAGGAACAAAUACGUGGGCGUUUCCCUCGUCGGCAAGACACUUGCUGUGCUCGGUUUUGGGAAGGUUGGCUCGGAAGUUGCGAGACGAGCAAAGGGCCUCGGUAUGCACGUAAUUGCACAUGAUCCGUAUGCUGCUGCUGACAGAGCCCGAGCAAUCGGUGUAGAUCUUGUAAGCUUCGAUGAAGCAAUGGCAACUGCUGACUUCAUCUCACUGCACAUGCCGCUGACUGCGUCGACGUCAAAAAUGUUGAACGAUGAAACUUUUGCAAAGAUGAAAAAGGGUGUCAGGAUCGUCAAUGUUGCGCGCGGAGGAGUGAUCGAUGAAGAUGCACUGGUGAAGGCGCUCGACUCUGGCAUUGUGGCACAGGCUGCGCUCGAUGUUUUCACGGUAGAGCCGCCGGGAAAGGACAGUAAAUUGGUGCUACACGCGAAUGUAACUGCGACUCCACAUCUUGGAGCCAGUACAAUGGAAGCUCAGGAAGGAGUAGCCAUUGAAGUAGCCGAAGCUGUCGUUGGAGCCUUGAAGGGAGAGCUGGCUGCCACUGCAGUCAAUGCACCAAUGGUUCCUGCUCAGGUUCUCACAGAGCUGAAGCCUUACGUCGUUCUUGGUGAAAAACUCGGCCGACUCGCAGUCCAACUAGUAGCUGGUGGGGAGGGAGUAAAAUAUAUAAAAAUCACAUACGCAUCUGCCCGAGCUCCCGACGAUCUCGACACCCGUCUGCUCCGAGCCAUGAUAACCAAAGGUCUGAUAGAGCCAAUAUCAAGUGUCUUCGUCAACCUGGUGAACGCCGAUUUCACCGCAAAGCAGAGAGGGCUCCGUAUAAUCGAAGAGCGCGUAAUCCUCGACGGGUCUCCCGAGCGCCCCCUGGAGCUAAUCCAGGUGCAAAUAGCGAACGUCGAGUCGAAAUUCCCGAGCUCAAUAUCCGACAGCGGCGAGAUCCGGGUCGAGGGCCGGGUCAAAGAUGGGGUCCCUCACUUGACGAUGGUUGGGUCGUUCGACGUCGAUGUGAGCUUGGAAGGUAGUAUCAUACUGUGCAGACAAGUCGAUCAGCCGGGCAUGAUAGGAAAAGUCGGUUCAAUUCUUGCGGAGGAAAACGUUAAUGUGAGCUUUAUGAGCGUCGGGAGGAGCGCUCCGAGGAAGCAGGCGGUGAUGGCGAUCGGAGUUGACGAGGAACCGAGUAAGGUGUCGUUGAAGAAGAUUGGGGAGAUCCCUGCCAUUGAGGAAUUUGUUUACCUUAAGUUGUAGUAUGUGUGUUGUGACUGUUGUUGUUUGCUGUUUUGUCUUGAAUUUUGUUGUCUUGUUGUGUGGCUGUUGUUACUGUGGUUGUUUUUGUCGUUGUCCUCGUCGCUUCCGUCGCAAAUUUUAUUUCGAGGGAUUUUGAUUUUAACCGAUUUGACA